AUGUCGUUCUUAAGGCUAGCCCUGUGUGUUGUCGGGGUAUACUCUAUGUUCCUGCUUUGGGCCAUUGCCCAAGAACGAUUAUCUGUUCCGUUCAAAUCAAUAGAAGAUGACUCGUCCACAAAAUUCCAGUCAGCAAUUAUUAUCGGGACUUGUCAAAGCGCGUUGAGCUCUAUAUCCGCCCUAUUAUACAUCCUCCUUCGACGGAACCCUUCCCAGACUCUGUCCCAAAGCCUAGGUCUGGAACCGAAGAGCCAGCCAUCGUCGAACGGUAAAGCAGUUUCUAAUGGCGAUGCUCACCACAGCAAUAAUGUUCACCGCCACCGCAACGGAAGCGUCCGUCACAAAGAAUCGACGCGAUUUUCUCGAAAAGUACUCCUCGUCCGGUAUCUCCAAUGCUCUGCCUUCAUCACUGCCGCAGCACCUUUCGGUUUCGCUGCUCUUUCUUAUAUCUCUUAUCCCGCGAUGGUCCUAGGAAAAUCGUGCAAAUUGGUUCCUGUCAUGAUCAUGAAUGUUCUGUUAUACCGCCGUCGUUUUGCUCCCCAUAAAUAUCUUGUCGUGUUCAUGGUCACGGCUGGAAUCACCGUUUUCAUGAGCAUGGGCAACGAUCAAGGCAAGGGCAAACACAAAUCUACGGCGUUGGAGGACGUCUCGCCCUAUGCCAACAUUAUAGGAAUCACAUACCUGCUCAUCAAUCUCGCUUUGGACGGUGCCGUCAACUCUACUCAGGAUGAAAUUUUCGCCAGGCACAAGGUUACAGGCCAACAGAUGAUGUUUUGGAUCAAUGUUUUCUGCACCUUGAUUACGACGUUCUUGUCGCUACUCCCGCUCCCUCAUAUUCCGGUCAUUCACCCAUCGGCCGGGGGCCAGAGUGAGCUGAUGGAAGCCCUGGCCUUCAUUCGAUCGCACCCGUCCAUUGUGACCCCUCUGGUUCAAUUCGCCCUUACUGGUGCUCUAGGCCAGCUAUUCAUUUUCGAGACGCUUCAACACUUUGGAUCUCUCACUCUUGUAACUAUUACAUUAACUCGAAAACUUUUCACGAUGCUUUUGUCAGUUGUGGUGUAUAAGCACACUCUCACACUUGGACAGUGGCUUGGCGCUGCCAUAGUAUUCGCCGGAAUAUCUGUCGAAGCGUUUGUCAAACGUAAAGAUAUCCAUGCUAAACGAGUGAUUGAGGAGAAAGAAAAGCCCAAAAUCAAGGCUUUGUAG